GGAGUCAUGUGCUCAACCUUGUCCUCCCAUAACACAGACAGAGGGACAGAAGACGAGAUCUAGCAACAACACAAACCAGCUGGAACACAUCUGACAGUGGAUAUACUUGAGUGCAAAAGGAGCGACUGUUUCUGCCUCUGGUUGUCACAUGUGCUCACUGUAGUUGGAGGGGAAAGUCAGACUGAGUGUGGGCAUCCAGUAGCCGAGUGCCUGGUCAAUCCUGGACCAUGAAGCUUAGUGUGGCGUUGUGUUUUGCAGGGCUCUUCGGGGCGUUGGCAGCUGUGUUCAUUCUCCUCUCUUUUGGAACUGAUUACUGGCUGCUGGCCUCAGAGAGCUGCCCCCCAAACUCUAACGGAUCUGUUGACCUGGGCGGUGUGACUGUAGAGCGUGGAGAUGUGGUGGUGCAGCAGGACACUGGAGACAUCACUCUGUACCAUGAAGGUUUUUUCUGGAAGUGUUCGUUUGGAGGCAACAUGGGUGAUGACGACCUGAUGUGGAAGCUCUGGUUCACGAAUCAGCCUCACUCAAAAGUGUGCAUGCAUGCCUACCUCUUCCCGUUCCCCAUAUCUCAUCAGACCCACAAUGCCACAGAGUAUGAUACAGCCAUAAUCUACAGAGGCUUCUGGAGCAUCUUUAUGCUCAUUGGUGUCGCAGCUGUGGUGCUCGCUGGGUUCUUCAUCAUUUGCGCUGCUCCGUUUGCCAGCCACCGUUUAUAUAAAGCAGGCGGUGGACUUUUCCUGGCAUCUGGUCUUUUCCUGCUCUGUGUGGUGGUGAUGUACGUCCUGUGGGUACAGGUGUUGGAUGUGGUGGAUGCCUACAUCAACCAUCAGCGCUCUACAGUGUGUCCAGGCUUCCAGCUGUCCCUCAACUAUGGUCUGUCCUUUAUGUUUGCCCCUGUUGGCAUCUUCUUCUGCCUCCUGGCCGGCCUUCUCUUCCUCCUCAUUGGCCAAACCAUCCAGAUCCAUUACCACUGACUUUAACUGGCAGCAGGUUCGAGGAAGAGAGGAGGUAUGAGCGUUUUCUUUUUUCUUUUUUUUUUUUUUUUACCACCAGACCUUUGGCAUAUUCCCCAUUUUGUCUGUCAUUUAAAAGUAGGACUCUGUAGAAACUAUAUGGAAGCUCUGUGGUUUAAAUGAUCGGAAGGUCUUGAACUCUUUGGUCCAGGAUGAAAACAUUGCAGCCAUUGUUUAGUUCAGAAAUAGCAUCAUAGUCACUCCAGCCUGAGCUACUUUUAUUUGAGCUAUGUUACAUAUAGUUCUGUGCUGUUCUCAACAAGCCUGACCACUGACAGUAAAAAUACCUGUGGUCACAACACUGUUGUUUGAAUCUUGUGUGUUGAUGGUUGUGAGGGUCAUGAGUGUGUGCUCAUGAAAUUCACAAUCACCAGUAAAUGUUAAUCGGAAAAAUUAUGUUAAUUGAAGUAUUUUUAUUAGCUUGCCAAUAUGCUAAAGAGUUAAAAAUGCAUAUUCUGCUUUGACUAGUGUUUAUAAAAGGAAUCUAAAAUGGUGCAUAGUGAACAGUUUAUAACUUGGCAUGGUAAUUUAUAUAUUCUGUAUAUACUGUGAUUGUAGUCAGUAAUUUUGGGAAGAAAGCCUGACCAGCAACUUUCUCUGAGUUAUUUAAAGUUGAUGAUAUUCUACAUUUUUUUUGUUAGUGUCAACAAAUCCAAUGAAAAGACAAAAACCAAAACCUUUCAACUCUGUGUCACUCAGCUCCAAGCCCAUAUUCAAAGCAGAUCAUGAAUAUAAACAAUCAUUUAAAAAAAUGAUUAAAUCAUUUUGUGAAAUAACUGGACGCUGUCGUUUUUAGCAAGCUUCACUCAAAGGGGAGUAAGUAGCACAUUUUUAGCUGCACAUUAAUAUUGGUUACAUUUGGUAUUCUGUCAAGUAUUUAUGCAGCCUGAACGCCAGAGGAAAAUGUUUGCAUUGUAUACUUUUGCAAACCAUGAAUAUGAUACAUUUGCACAUUUCAUACAUACCAUAUUAAUGUUUCUAAAGUGACAUUAUCUAUAACCUGUGUAUCACCUUGACUGUUCAAGUGCAACAAACACCAGUUGUUGUUUUGUUACUUUUUGCAGCAUUUAAGACGGCAUCUGUGGCACCAAACCUGGGUGUUUUAGUGAACCAUUGCAACAUUUCCCACUGCCUUUUGAGCCACUGAACUUGAAUGUUUUUCAUUGACCUGUCCCUGCUUUUCCAGCAGCUUUAUGCCACCAAAUGUGGAUGUUUUAAGCUAAAACACAAUCUUUUCCUUAUGGUAACCAAGUUGUUUUUGUGUCCACAGCUCUACUGCUUAAUUGAGAAAUGGAAAGUUUCAGCGUAUCUGCUGCAAAAUAAUGUCCAAAUGUAUCCAUGGUUUGCAGAAACGUGGUAAAGAAACAUAUCACUCAACAACAAUGUGCAGCAAUAUCACAGAGAAAGAAUUUAUAUCACACUUAGGCCACACUGACAUUUAUUGUUGGGGUCGAUUCAUUGUUGUUUUUGUCUUUUUUUUUACAACAACAAAAAAAAUCAUAGAA